AUGACCACCAUGGCUGCGUCCCUGAGGCGGAUCACUUCCGCUGCGCGUCCCGCGCGCUUCGCAACGAGCCGAUCUUUCUCUACCUCGCCCGCAAACCAGGCCGUAUGGGGCUUCGUUGGACUCGGCCGCAUGGGGUAUCCCAUGGCCAAGAACCUGCGAGCGAGGAUUCCCAAGGAAGAUUCUCUUGUUGUCCACGACCUCAACACCAAGGCGACCGCCCAAUUCGCAAAAGAGCUUGGUCCGCAGGGCGUGCACGUGGCUGAAACGGUCCGCGAAGUCGCUGAGAAGUCGGAAACAAUCAUCACAGCUCUGCCAGAACCCCACCAUGUUCGUGGUGUAUAUGCAAACAUGCUAAUACCGCCGACACUGCUGGAGCAAGCAGGAGCUCAGCCGCGUCUCUUUAUUGAUGUGUCCACCAUUGAUCCUCAGUCAUCUCUAGAAGUCGCGAAUGCGGUGCAGUCGACCGGACAGGGCAAAUAUGUCGAUGCGCCCAUGUCCGGAGGCGUUGUGGGUGCCGAGAAAGGCACUCUGACCUUUAUGGUCGGGGCGCCAGACGACAUCAUCGAUCGGGUGCGCGAAAUCUUAUCGAUGAUGGGCAAACGGACGGUGCACCUGGGACCGGCAAGCUCUGGGUUGAAGGGCAAGCUUGCCAACAACUACCUCUUGGCCAUCAACAACAUUGCGACUGCCGAGGCCAUGAACCUGGGGAUCCAGUGGGGCCUCGAGCCCAAGGCGCUUGCGGGGUUGAUCAACACUGCUACGGGCAAAUGCUGGCCUUCCGAGGUCAACAACCCGGUUCCGGGAGUGGUGGAGGGAUCGCCGGCAAGCAGAGGCUAUGAGGGAGGAUUCGGACUGAGUCUGAUGAACAAAGACCUGAAGCUUGCUUUGAAGGGAGCGGAAGAGUACAACAUCAAGCUGGAAUUGGGCGAGCCGGCUCGUGCCGUCUACGACGCAGCGUCGGAGCACCCCGAGUGCACGGGCAAGGACUUUUCCGUAGUAUACAGAGUCGAGUCGUGCAACGUUGGAUGGCCAGGGUCUCUUGGCUCGGGCGCGCGCGUUGCUGGGCGACCACGCGCCCGCCCACUUCUUUGCCUUGGCUUGGCAAAAGUGACAUCAACUGCGACAACACCUGCGCGCACCAUGCCCGAGUUGCUGGAAUUCAUCUUGGCCCACGAGGAUGCCUUCAAGAGCAGAGGUCGCCUCGCGUCUUUGUACUCGGACUUUCGCAUCCAGCAAGCAACAAACCCCGAUGGAUACAACGCCAACAUCGUAGCAUGGCGCCAGGCCCUCACCCACGCCACUCGAGCUGGUCUCGUCCCCUCGCAGACCGGAGCCAACAACUUGCUCAGCCUGGGCACCGGUGAAGCCCUCCUACGGGAGCUUACAAGCAAAGACUUCGGAAGACCGCUGGCGCUGGCGGCAGUAGUGCACGAUGCCGCCACGAAGAAGGAGAUGAUCCCGCUGAAAGACUUCCUCGCCGCAAAGACCAGCAUCUACUCGCGGAGCUGGAGCUUGAAUCCGCUCUCGGUGCUAUCUUGGGGAUUACAGCAGCUGGGCGUCAUCGGCGGGACAACAUCGCAAGACCACCUGGCUGUGGGGGAGUUUGUCGUCAUGGCGAACCUCGAGGCCGCCAGCAGCGCCGUCAUCGCGCAAGCCUCGAACCACACAUCCGUAGUCGACCGCAUCUACUCCCUCGACUCCUUCCGCGCCGCCUUCGCCCACGCCCUCACCCCCUCCAACGAGCUCAGCCCCACCGACCUGUCCGUCCUCCUCACCCACCUCUCCCGCGACAAGUCCGCCCUCUCCUACGACCCGGCCUCGCAAACCAUCAAGCUCGCGCCCGCCCACUCCGCCACCCCGGCCGAGCCCAUCACCCAACAAGACAUCACGAUCGCGCACCUCCGCGGGCUCAUCGCCUCCCUCACCGCCCAAAUCCCCGCCCUGACCUCGCGCAUCGCCUCCUGCGACGCCACCGCCCGCCAGGCCGUCGCCUCUUCCCCCUCCUCCUCGAAGAACAACAACAACCCGGCGGCCCGCACCACCGCCCUCGCCGCGCUCCGCUCCAAGAAGCUCGCGGAGCAGGGGCUCGCGCGCCGCGCCGACGCCCUCGCGCAGCUCGAGGCCGUCUACGCCCGCAUCGAGGCCGCCGCCGACAACGUCGAGGUCGUGCGCGCCAUGGAGGGCAGCGCGGGCGUGUUGCGCGCGCUGCACGCGCGCGUCGGCGGCGCCGAGGGCGUCGCGGACGUGGUCGAGGCGCUGCGGGAGGAGAUGGGGAGGGCGGACGAGGUGAGUGAGAUUGUCAACGAGGUCGGGCGCGAGGGUGCGGGCGCUGGUGGUGUCGUUGAUGAGGAUGAGGUGGAUGAGGAGUUUGCGGUGUUGGAGCGGGCGGAGAGGGAGAGGGUGGAGGCGGUGGAGGCGGAGAGGACGAGGGCGCGGUUGGUGGAGGUGGAGAGGUUGGAGGAGGAGGGGAGGAGGAGGAGGGUGGAGAGGGAGAGGGAGGUGGAGGAGGGGAAGAGGAGGGCGGAAGAGGAGAAGGCGAGGGAGCACCGGAAGGAGGCAGAGGAAGAGCAGGUGCUGGAGACGUCUCAGGAGUUGGGCCGCAUGUCGCUCGACGAAGACAGACCUGCAGAGGCUUCCAAGGAGCAGGAUGGAGAGUCGGAGCAGAGAAGGCUUGUUCCAGCAGAGUAG